CCCGCCCUGCGGAGCGGGGAGCGGCGCCGGGCAUGCGGGCGGUGGCAGCGGGCCGGGAGGUGGGAUGCUGUCGCGGAAGAAGACGCGGACGGAGCUCUCCAAGCCGGGCGAGGUGCAGGGGAAGUACGUGAAGAAGGAGACGAGCCCGCUGCUGCGGAAUCUGAUGCCUUCCUUUAUCCGCCACGGUCCGACCAUUCCGAGGCGCACCGAUAUCUGCCCUCCCGAGCCCGCAUCCUCCGCCUACGCCCCCGGCGGCGAUGGCAUCGCCUCCAGGAGCCAGAGCUUCCUCCGAACCGCCGUGCAGAGGCCGCCUCACGAGGUAAUGAGGCGAGAAAGCAACAGACUGUCUGCACCCUCGUACCUGGCCAGGAGCUUGGCCGAGGUGCCCAGGGAAUACGGCUCCUCCUCGCAGCCCUUCCUGGCCGAGGCCGGCGCCGGGCUGGAGAACGGCGACGCCGGAGCCCGCGGCUAUUACUACGAUCAUUUCUACGAUGCCCAGAGGAGACGGCAGCUGAACGAGCGCCUGCACGAGGACUACAGGUAUUAUGAACACAACAGUGAUCUUUUCCAGAGGAUGUCCCAGAAUCAUGGGAGGCACACUUCAGGCAUCGGGAGAGUUGCUGCUACAUCUUUAGGAAACUUAACAAAUCAUAGUUCUGAAGAUUUACCUCUUCCUCCUGGCUGGUCAGUGGACUGGACUAUCAGAGGAAGGAAAUAUUACAUCGAUCACAACACCAACACCACGCACUGGAGCCACCCCCUGGAGCGGGAGGGGCUCCCGCCGGGCUGGGAGCGCGUGGAGUCCGCGGAAUUCGGCGUUUACUACGUGGAUCACAUCAACAAAAGGGCUCAGUACAAACACCCCUGUGCUCCCAGCGUUCCCCGCUACGAUCAGCCGCCCCCCGUGUCCUACCAGCCGCAGCCCCCGGAGAGGAGCCAAGCCCUGCUGGUCCCUGCCAACCCCUACCACAGUGCUGACAUCCCUGACUGGCUGCAGGUCUAUGCCAGGGCUCCUGUCAAGUACGACCACAUCCUCAAGUGGGAGCUGUUCCAGCUGGCCGACCUGGACACGUACCAGGGCAUGCUGAAGCUGCUGUUCAUGAAGGAGCUGGAGCGCAUCGUGAAGCUCUACGAGGCGUACAGGCAGGCGCUGCUGGCCGAGCUGGAGCAGCGGCAGCAGCGGCAGCAGCGCCGCCCGCAGCAGCACGGCGCCAGCUACUGAAGGAACAGCGCUUCUGCUGGAAAGGCAGCUCCUUUCUGUUGACGUUGCACCUUUGUUAUUAUCCUCUUGAAUAUUUUUCUACAUGUAUUAUGUGUUGUUUAUAAAAAAAAAAGUGGGAAUUGUUUGUU